GCGGCGAGCGGGGCGCGGGCCAUGCCCCGCCGCCUGUGGCUGGGCCUGGCCUGGCUGCUGCUGGCGCGGGAGCCGGGCGCCGCGGGGACUCCGAGCGCGAGCGCGCCGCGCAGGGCGCGCAGCUACCCACACCUGGAGGGCGACGUGCGCUGGCGGCGCCUCUUCUCCUCCACGCACUUCUUCCUGCGCGUGGACCCCGCGGGCCGUGUGCGGGGCACCCGCUGGCGCCACGGCCCGGACAGCAUCAUCGAGAUCCGUUCUGUCCACGUGGGUGUCGUGGUCAUCAAGGCCGUACACUCGGGCUUCUACGUGGCCAUGGACCGCCAGGGCCACCUCUAUGGGUCGCGGGUCUACACUGUCGACUGCAGGUUCCAGGAGCGCAUUGAGGAGAACGGCUACAACACCUAUGCGGCACUCCACUGGCGCCACCGUGGCCAGCCCAUGUUCCUGGCACUGGACAGGAGGGGGUCCCCCCGGCCUGGCAGCCGGACGAGGCGGCACCACCUGUCCACCCACUUCCUGCCCGUCCUGGUCUCCUGAGGCCCCAUGAGGCCGG